UUUCCUCUGCAGCGCGCGAUCACAUGACAGAUCACUUUGAACAACAACGGCAAAGCAGCGAAAGACAAGUUCCACUCUUGGAAGUGUAUUACGGAAAUCAAAUUCGCUACGUCUGAGUUUUUGGUCAUAGAUCGUAUAGGUUUUUGUACGCUACCUUUUCCGCAAAAAAAAAAAAAAAUCUACGCCCCGCUGACGUCGCGUCCAUCGCCCCACCCAACGUCACUGCAGUUCUCCACAAAUACAUGGGUCAAGCUGCAGAAUAACGGAACACGAUUUCCCGCGUGCAUAUUUGGAUGUAAUCAGAUUUCAUGAGUAAUUUGGAUAACUGCAUCACAUUUUUAUAAAGGGGGGCUCGAUCGCCUUCUUCGCCGAGCUGCAGCCAUGCAGACGAUACGGACGGUUUUACUCCUGAAAGCGCGGUGCUGGGACGCCGACAGUCAGAGAUCCUACCAGGACCUGUUCGACAGGCUCGACACCAACAAAGACGGGAAAGUGGACGUCGCCGAAUUACGCGCCGGACUCAAGGCGAUGGGAAUAUACCGUCAGGGUGCUGCUCAGAAAAUUGUGUUCUCCGGUGACAAAGAUAAAGACGGAAAACUCGACUUUAACGAGUUCACGAAAUAUCUGAAAGAGCACGAGAAGAAGCUGUUGCUGACAUUCAAGAGUCUGGACAGAAACAAUGACGGGCACAUUGAUGCCUCAGAGAUCCAGCAGUCCCUUGCAGAACUGGGCAUGGAUGUUUCCACAGAAGAUGCACUGAAAAUAUUACAAAGCAUGGACAUUGAUGGCACCAUGAUGGUGGACUGGAACGAAUGGAGGGAACACUUCUUGCUGUGUCCUGCCCAAAACCUGGAAGAGAUCAUACGCUACUGGAAACACUCUGUGGUGUUGGACAUCGGUGACAGUCUGACCAUCCCUGAUGAAUUCACAGAAGAGGAGAAGAGUUCAGGCAUCUGGUGGAAGCAGCUUGUUGCAGGCGCGGCAGCGGGGGCCGUCUCUCGCACGGGUACCGCCCCUCUGGACAGGAUUAAAAUCUUCAUGCAGGUUCACUCUUCAAAGACAAACCGGAUUAACUUGAUUGGGGGCCUCAGGCAGAUGAUCAUCGAGGGGGGUGUAACGUCUCUGUGGAGGGGCAACGGAAUCAAUGUGAUAAAGAUCGCCCCUGAAACAGCCAUUAAAUUCAUGGCAUAUGAGCAAUAUAAGAAGCUGCUGUCAUCAGAGGGCAAAAAGACUGAGACGCAUAAGAGGUUUAUUGCAGGUUCUCUGGCCGGGGCCACAGCACAAACAGCCAUCUACCCAAUGGAGGUGUUGAAAACGAGACUGGCUUUGCGGAAAACUGGCCAGUUUUCAGGAAUGUUCGACUGUGCCAAGAAGAUCCUGCAGAAGGAGGGUGUCAAGGCUUUCUACAAGGGCUACAUUCCAAACUUACUGGGCAUCAUCCCCUAUGCUGGGAUCGACCUCGCUGUUUAUGAGAGUCUGAAGAACACCUGGUUGUCGUACCACACCAAAGAUUCAGCCAACCCUGGAGUCCUGGUGUUGCUCGGCUGUGGGACAAUCUCGAGUACCUGUGGCCAGCUGGCUAGCUAUCCACUCGCACUUGUACGCACACGGAUGCAGGCACAAGCUUCCCUGGAUACAUCAGACCAGCCCGCCAUGAGCGCACUAAUGAAGAAAAUUGUAGCCAAAGAUGGAUUUUUUGGACUGUACCGGGGCAUUAUGCCAAACUUCAUGAAAGUCAUUCCUGCUGUGAGCAUAAGUUAUGUGGUUUAUGAGUACAUGAAGACUGGCCUAGGAAUCUGCAAAUGAUACUGAGAAUUUUUUUAUUCUGCGUUCUUGCCACCACACCAAGAGAACAGGAGGACAUGUUAUGACUUCCAUCAGCUGGUGCGAACACUGAGUGCAUGGAAAACUACAUAUGCCAUGAAGAAAAAUGAGUGUCUUACAGCGCUGUUUUUUUUCUCUUUUUUAUUUGCAUGGUAAGCAUGUUUCAGUUUUAUUCCUACUGUGAAAUGUAACACUCCCAAACUAUACUUGAUACAAAGAAAUGACUGUAAUUAUAUAAAUGUAAGGGUGAAAAUACACAAGGUUUAUAUAAUUUAUUUUUUAUCAAUGCUUUAAAAGUGAUCAGAAGACACUGUUUCUGUUCAUUGAAAUUAAAAAGCUUGAUGAGUGUGUGUGUUUUUUGGGGGGCACCUUACAUGAUCAGAAACACCUGAUAAGCUGGUGUAAGCUAAAAAUUAGCACUGUCAAAAAUCUAUACUUUUGAACACUGGAUUGUUGUGUGCAUGAAAACAUUGUGCAAUAUCAAAAUGACUUGUUUAUCUUCUGCAUGUAAUUUGAUAAUAUUAAUGUGCCUUACAGUCACUGGAUGUGAAAUGUAUGGACAUCUUGCCUGUUUUUUUUUUUUAAGUAUAUGUAUGAAUGAUGCUGUAUCUGUUUUUAUUAUUUAUAGGAUUAAAUGCCAGUGUUAUGUCACCAGUGUGAAGAAAAGUG